UCAUUUUGGAAAUAAAAUUUUUUGAACUAUUUAAAGUGUAAGAAAUUUAAGUAUUUCGUGUGUGUUUUGUAUAUUCGUGAUUAUUUGCUGCUUCGAAUUAAUAAAAUUAUACUGUGAAUAUACAUUUUGGAACGACAAAAGGAUACCAAAGUGAUUGUGAUAGUCUGAACCGACUAAGAUAUUUUCAUAAAUUUAAUUAAACUUAUUUGAAUAUAUCGGCGUGACUUUUUCGAAAACAACUAAAAUAAUAUAUUUCAUUGUUAUUUCUAAAUUCCGGGAUAUUUCCAAAAUUGACCGCAUUUUGGUCUACGUUGCAAAAUAUUUUCCCGGGGAUUAAUUUUUUAGUGUAUCAAAUUUUCUCAGUAGGCUAACUUUUAAAAGUAUACAUUUUUUUUUAUGAAGAUAAAGGACUGCAGGAUGCCGAAAAACAAAGGUAAAGGAGGAAAAAAUCGCCGUCGUGGUAAAAAUGAAAACGAAUAUGAGAAGCGUGAACUAGUCUUCAAGGAGGACUUGCAGGAGUAUGCUCAGGUUACCAAAAUGCUUGGUAGUGGUCACUUGGAGGCUAUGUGUUUUGACAAUGUCAAACGCUUGUGUCAUAUUCGUGGUAAACUUCGCAAGAAGAUUUGGAUCAAUCAAGGCGAUUUUAUAUUGGUUGGGUUGCGUGAAUAUCAAGAUUCAAGGGCUGAUGUUAUUCUGAAGUACACACCUGAUGAGGCUAGGAACCUUAAAGCAUAUGGCGAGUUUCCAGAAUCUGUACGCAUCAAUGAUACUGUGACUUUCGUUGAGGAUGGUUUCGAUGACGGUAUUGAAUUUGAUCAUGAAAUGAGCUCUGAACCAGAUGUUGUUAGCUCGAAUACCACUCUCGAUCCCUAAGGCGAUGAGUUCUGAGACCUGUCCUGCUUUAUUUUAUUUCUUAACAAAAAUAUAAGAAAUUAAUUUU